AAUAUUUUGUGGAUUAAUAAAAUUGAUUUAUAUAUUCACACCAAUUUAAUUAUAUAUCUAAUAGUUACCGACUUUUAAUUAUUCAAUAUAUAUUUAUUAUUUCAUAAUAUGUAAAAAUAUUUAAUACGUAAAAUAAUUUAUAUAUAAUGUUCAUUCCGCGCAAGGCGCGGGUCUUAACCUAGUAUAGAAUUAUAAACCGUAACAAACAAAGGGGACUAAUUAUUAUGUUAGUAUAGAAUAUGUUGUUAUUGAUAUAUUCUACGAAUAUUAUUAUUUUUCCUUAAAAAACUUAUCUACUAUUUAUGUUUAAUUUUUUUUUCUUAAUAAAAUUUCAAUCUUUUAGUAUUGAUAAAGUUAAAAGUCUACGAAAAUAUUUUGUACGGGUACGAAAAUAUUUUGUACGGAUAGGAAAAUAUUUUGUACGGAUUUAAGAAAAUAUUUUGUACGGAUUUAAGAAUAUUUUUAUAUACAUAUUUAGUUGGCAAAUAAACCUAUAUAUACGUCUUGUUGUUUCGCUGUGUUGUUAUCUGAAACGUCCCUUUCAGAUCUCACAUCAUCCCUUCAUCAUAUUUUCCUCUUUCCUUAACAACAUAUCAUCUCUCUAGUUACACCAUGGAUCCAAACACCAAUCCAAACGAUCGUAUCAACCUUGAUCUGUCCUUGGGGAUUGGUCCUCAUGCAAAAGAUCCGGUCGAGCAACAUGGCAAGUUCAUGGAACUCUUGAGAUCAGUAAGUGAUUCUACACAAAAUGCCCAGCCUUCUCCUCCUCUUCCUCCACUUCACACGAUGCCUCCUGGAUACUACAACCUCACAUACCCUCAGAAUGCAGCAGGACAACUCCUUCUGCCUCCUAUAACGAACCAGGGUGGAGUUGGAGCCUUGGAGACUCCCCGACCAGGAACUAGGUUAGGUCGCCCACCUGGUGGGCAUCACGCACGUCGUAAUUCAUCGAAAGCGGCAGCCACGGUUGAAGAAAACGUUGAGAAGGAUAUCAUACCACCAUAUCCAUGGGCGACCACAAGGCCAGCCCGAAUUCACAACCUUAGAUACUUGUAUGUGAAUAAUAUAAACGUGAUCUUUGGACAAGUCCAUUGCAAGCCUUGCGAGAGUACUCAAACCAUUAAGUAUAAUCUCACGGAGAAGUUUGGGGAAUUGUAUCGUUACAUUUAUGACAACAAGGAGGUGCUGCGUCACCGAGCCUCGAAAGUUUGGUCUUGUCCUAAACUGACUCCAUGCUGCUCAUGCAAGAACGGGAUGAAGCCGGUGAUCGGCGAGAAUAAGGAAGAAAUCAACUGGUUAUUUCUUUUGUUAGGGCAAAUGUUGGGAUGUUGUACUUUGGAUCAGCUCAGGUACUUUUGUGACAAAACUAGUCAACAUAGAACCGGUGCAAAGGAUCGUGUACUCUACAUAACUUAUUUUGGUCUAUGCAAGCAGCUCGAGCCAUGCGACUUAUUUAGUCUAUGACUCAUAUCGGAAUCGGGCAGGGCUGAUGGCUUUUAAGGUUUAUUUUGGUUUUCAUAGUGAGUUUUAGGGGUUUUAAGGAACAAGUAUAUUAUUAAUGCGUUCAGUAAAAAAAAAAGUAUUAUUAAUGCGUAAGUUUAGGGUUUACGUCUUUCAAGCAGCAAUAUACCAUUCCAUUUGGAGCGAGAGGAAUGGAAUCCUCAAUCACCCGCACAGCUCAUUCAGUUCAUGGACAAGUUGGUGCGUAACAGAUUCUCUACGCUUACUAGAAGGUGGGCUACACAUUUUGACAAAGCAAUGUCAAAGUGGUUUCAGUCACGAGAGUAAAAGGAUACUCUGGUCUUCAAGUUUCAAUCACAUGUAGGUUGAGUUAUAAAACCAAACCUUAGAUCACAUUCUUUUUACAACUGUUUUUGAGAUGAAUUAAUUUAACAUUCUUUCAAAAAAAAUGCAUAAAUCGUCUUUUUGUAUUCUUUUUGUUAAAAUCUGUAAUUAGUAUGUAUUAUGUGAAAACUAAACGAAGAAAAAAAAUCAUCCUGAUAGACUUGAAUUAUAUGCUAAUAUAUAUCAUGUUUUCUUUAAAGUUAUUAAGCGAUAAAUUAAAUACUAAUUUAUUAUUAUUAACAGAAGGCUGAAGGUAUAUCUGAAGAACAAAAUAAAAAAUAAGCAAAAUUAGUAGUUGGUAGGCUGUUUUUGGCCCAGGUGCCCUUGCACGCAACAUCGUUAUAUUUUAGUUUAGUUGAUUUAUUUCUCCACAAUAAAUGAUUUAUAUCUUUUUUUCAAUGAUAUAUUUCUCAACAAUCAAUUUUCAAUUUGUUUAGGUUUUUGAUUAUCAGUCGUUUUAGGACUCUGUUAUAUAUACACGCUUCUUCUAUUCAGAGUUCAAAGUCUAGGGUUUUUCUGUUGUUCUCAAUACCAAUUAGUUGAAAGAUCGGAAAGAAUGGGUAUGAUUAGUGACUUACCUGACCAGAUGCUCCUUGAGAUUCUAUCAUGGCUUCCAACAACACAAGUGGUAGCCACAAUGCUUUUGUCCAAACAGUGGAAGUUUCUUUGGAGGCAAGUGCCAAAACUUUAUUAUAAUUAUAGCGAACACGAGGGCAGAGACUUUUCAGAAUUCGUGAGCAGGUCUUUGCAGUCACAAGCAGUGGCGGAGCCAGAAAAUUUUUGUACCGGGGUCGAAAAAAAAUCAAAAAUAUAAUUUAUAUACUAUAAAAAACUACAUAUACUCUAGGCACACUCCAUUUUCUGUUGAAUGUAAAAGUUUAUUCAAACAAAAAAACGUUUGUACAAUAACCGCUUCUUUGUUUAGAGUGUUCUGUAUUUUUAAAGUUUUCAAGAAAAGAAUAGCAAAAAUGAAUAAAAACAAAGCUCUAUCUCUAUCUCUAAAAUCUUCUCAUAUCGAACCACAUGAUUAUUGCAGUUCUACUCUACGCACACUUAUAGCUUAAAACUUUUUUAUAACAGUUUUAUUGGCUAAAAAUAUAGAAAACCAACCUAAAAUUUAACUAAAAAAUAAUUA